AUUAAGUGAAGUGCAGUCAGUGGUACAUAUGCCACCCAAUUAGCUCAAAAUGUUAAUAUUAUUUUUGACGGGGUUUUUGGGGUUAGCCAGUGCGCAAAUUCUUCAAGAUGGCCAAUGCGAAAACAUAGCUUUACAAAAUAAUUUUGAAUUAGACAAAUUUACAGGAAAAUGGCAUGGAGUGCGUGGCAAAAGUAUUUUGCAAAAUGGUGAUUGUUCCUACAUAAACAUUACACCGACUAGUUAUGGUAACUACCAGUACACAGUUGAAGUUAGCUUUGUCGAAGCUAACAUCCGAAAAGAAAUCCGGGGUACAGCAGUGGCUGAGGGUUCGUCAGCGAGUUUUAACUUUACUCUCGAGGGUAAAAGUACUGACUUCAAUGUUAUCAAUACUGACUAUGAUAACUAUGCCUUAGUGUAUAGCUGUGAAAAUGUGGGAGACCAACAAAGAAACGUUUACAUCUGGGAGCUUGCAAGGGAGACAACGUUUUCUGAUGAAAUUGUUACCAGUUUUGUGGAGCAAACAAUUGCUUCUAAUUUUGGAGUAACGCCAAUGGAUCUGGACAUCACGACUCAUUCCGAAGCUGUUUGUAAUGUCGGAAUUCUCAAUCAGCCUGUCAUCUUACCUGGAACGUGUGAUCAGACUGUUCCAUUUAUGGGAAACCUUAAUUUAUCCAGGUUUUCUGGCGAAUGGCGUCUAAUUGCAUCAUACUAUAACGAGAGGCAAUCCGGCGGAUGUAACCACGCUAUUUAUACCGUUCAAAGUAAUCGUCUAGCCAUAGAGAAUAGACAUGUUUUGAACCGGGAAUUACUUACCACAUCUGGAACAGCUGUGUUUGCAUCAAGUGAAGAAAAUGGGAAAUUACGAGUUACUGUUGGUUCUAAUACACGUGACUUUUGGAUUAUUACUACUGACUAUGAAUCAUAUGCUCUCGCUUACAGCUGCGAAAACUUAGCUAACAACCAGCAAAGAAUUUACAGUUGGAAACUAAGUCGCGAAAAUAAGUUAUCAGCGCAAGCUACCACCAACAUUGAUACCUUUGUCAACCAAAUAUCUGUAUUGGAUAAUAACCUAUACAUAGCUACUGAUCAAUCCAGCAGAGCGUGCUUCUAUUACCCUGCCUUAUCACCAAACGAGCCAGUAAUUCUUCCUGGGCAAUGUGACCAGGAUAUUCCGGGCGUUAGAAACUUUAACUUAGCAAGAUUUGAAGGAGAAUGGCUGCUUUUAUCGUCUUAUUACAAUGCACGUCAAUCAGGAGAGUGUAAUAGGGCCACAUACACAAACAGAGGAACUACCAUGGGUAUUGUCAAUAGUCACGUUAUAAAUAGACUCCGAAGUACAAGUACUGGAACUGCAUCAACUACAGCUGAAAGUGGCAAACUUGUUGUGAAUGUUGGCACAAAUCCACCAGCACCAUUCUGGAUACUAGCCACUGACUAUCAGAAUUAUGCGUUAGCAUACAGCUGUGAAAAUUUACCCAAUAAUCAACAAAGAAUUUCCAGUUGGAAGCUCAGUCGUAGUGACACCUUUAACGCACAAGAUAAUGCAAUUAUGAAUGAUGUUAUUAAUAAUAUCGAUGCUUUGAACAAUCGUUACUAUAAUGAUGUUGAUCAGACUGUGGCAUGCUUCCAUUAUCCAGCAUUAUCCAAAGAUGAACCAGUAAUUUUGCCGGGACAAUGUGAUGUUAAUGUCACAGUUGUGCCCUCCUUGAGCUUGACAAGAUUUUCGGGAGAAUGGCGUCUCAUUUCUUCAUACUACAACGAACGUCAAUCUGGAGAAUGCAACCAUGCUAUUUAUACCGCUCAACAGAAUGGUCUUUCUUUACAAAAUAGACACGUUGUCAAUCGACAGUUACUUACAACCUCUGGAACAAUUCAGUUCGCUUCAACUGAUAGCAAUGGAAAGCUACGGGCCACCGUUGGUUCUAAUACACGUGAUUUCUGGAUUUUGAACACUGAUUACGACCACUACGCACUAGCCUAUAGCUGUGAAAACUUGGAGAACAAUCGACAGAGAAUUUACAGCUGGAAACUAAGUCGGACAAAUACAUUAACAGCAGACGCUAAUGCAAAUAUUAAUGCAAUAAUCAACACAGUGGAUGCUUUACAUGAACCAUACUUUACAAUCGCAGAACAAUCUUACAAUGCCUGUUUCUAUUAUCCCGACAUCCAGGUCAACGAACCAGUAAUAUUCACCGGACAAUGUGACGAAAACAUUCUUGUUACCAACAACUUUAAUUUGGAGAGAUUUUCUGGAGAAUGGCGCUUAAUUGAAACAUAUUACAACGAACGUCAAAGUGGAGUUUGUAAUAGAGCAAACUAUGCUGUACAAGGAGAUACUUUAAAUAUUAUAAAUAGUCAUGUUGUUGGAAAUAGAUUAUUAACCGUAACUGGAACCGGCAGAUUCGCUUCCCAAACAGUUAGGGAUGCAAAGUUGUUGGUAACAGUUGGAACCAACUCAAGGGACUUCUGGAUUCUUGACACCGACUAUGAUUCUUAUGCGCUAGCAUAUAGUUGUCAGAAUUUAAACAGCAAUUCAUACAGAGUGUUCAGUUGGAAAUUGAGCCGCAACAAUUCACUGACCGAUGAAGCAAUCGUAAAUAUCAACAGAGUUUAUGGUCGCGUGCCUACAUUGAACGAUCGCUACUUCUCUAAAGUUGAUCAAUCUGCAGCUGCUUGCUUCUACAUGCCUGAAGUAGAUGAAUCGAAACCUGUCGUCUUUAAAGGACAAUGUGACGAAACAAUACAAGUUAUUAGGGACUUUGAUGCAAAUAGAUAUAUGGGACAAUGGUAUGAUAUUGAGUCCUAUCCUUCAACUUUCCAAUACGGGACUUGUAACUCAGCCUUCUAUUCGCGUCGGGAUAACUUUGUGGACGUUGUAAACACCCAAGUCGUCAACCAAACCAUAUCAAUUAGACAGGCCGUCGGAAGUUUUGUUGAAAAUGAACUGACUGCUAAACUCAGUUUGAACUUUGGAUCAACUCCCAGGGACUACUGGGUAUUAACUACUGACUACAGCACAUACGCUCUUGUCUACAGCUGUUUAAAUAUUGAUGGAGAAAACAUGCAAGUUGGAGCUUGGAAAUUAAGUAAAUCACGACAAUUAACACAAAGUGCACAAACAGCUAUAAAUAAUGCAAUGGCCAACAUCAGAGUUCUGGAUUCCCGGUACUUUAUUAGAAGAGACCAUACUAGUGCUGGGUGUACCUUCAACAAUGACAUACAACGAGGGGAUCCAGUAAUUCUUCAGGGAACUUGUCCGAUGAAUUUAUCACCCGUGGCCAAUUUUAAUAUUACACAAUUUGUGGGUACAUGGUACGAAGUUGAAAUAUAUCCCACAGAACUAUGGGGUGGACAGUGUUCCUUACAAGAGUUUUUCACAGCGGGCACCGACAGCUUAAGUUUUACCUCAAGGAGUGUUAACAAUCAAGAAUUAAUUGAAAUUUCUGGUACAGCUUCUAGAGUUUCCGGAAGCGGAAAUGGACAAUUAACAAUCACACUUGAAACCAAUGCUGGAAGAAUAAGUGUUCCAUUUACGGUUCUGUCUGUGGAAUAUCAGGACUAUGCUUUAGCUUAUGGAUGUGUUCAAUUAAAUUCCAACCUUCGAAGAGUUUACAGUUGGAAACUUAGUAGAUCAAGGACACUAUCCAGUAACGCUAAUACUGCAAUUAACGCAAUUGCAUUAACAAAUUAUGAUUUAGUUAGUGGGUAUUACGUAAAUGUUGAUCACUCUGCUGCCGGAUGCUUCUUUAUACCUGACAUACCAAAAGGUCAAGCGGUCAUAUUCCCUGGUCAAUGUGAUGAAAGUAUUCGCGCCGUAGAUAACUUUACUUUAGACGGGUUCCUUGGAAGAUGGCGUCUCAUAUCUUCUUAUUACACACAUCGACAAUCUGGUGAAUGCAACCAAUUAGAAUACUUCAGAGAAGGUUCCACGAUACGAGUUCGGAACAUGCAUAUCACGGACAGUGAAUUAAGUACGGUGUCAGGUUCAGCCACCGUAUCUGCUGAUGGAACUGGGAAACUCCGAGUUUCUAUAUCGUCUCGAACUGUUGAUUUUUGGAUCCUAGCAACUGAUUAUCAAAAUUACGCUUUGGCCUACAGUUGCAGUAAUGUGAACGAAAAUCAAAGGAGGGUUUACAGCUGGAAGCUUAGUCGUAGUACAUCCUUAAGAGAGUCGGAUAAAACCGAAAUUAACAAAGUAGUGGAUCAAAUAAAUGUUUUAAAUGAACGCUUUUACGAAACCACUGAUAAUUCACCAGAAGCCUGCUUUUAUUACCCUACAGUAGAUUCCAGUCGGCCUGUUGUCUUUGAAGGGCAAUGUAAUGAAAAUAUCCCUGUUGUUAGAAAUUUCCAGUCCAAUUUGUUCCUAGGAGAAUGGUACGAUAUCGAAUCUUACCCAUCUACUUUCCAAUAUGGUACAUGCAACACUGCUAGAUACAGCGCAAAUGGAAACAACAUAUUAGUGAACAAUACUCAAAUAAUCGACGGUGUUGUAUCAGUGAGGGUAGCGGAUGGAGUGUUCCCUGAAGGCAAUAAUGUUGGAAAACUUAAGGUUAACUUUGGCUCAGCCGACAGAGAUUAUUGGGUUCUUGUAACCGAUUACACCUCCUACGCCUUAGUUUACAGUUGCCUUAACUUGGAUGACAAGACAAAGCAAGUGGGAACAUGGAAGCUGAGUAGAAAUCGCCAAUUAUCGGAAACUGCACACAACGCUAUAAAUUCCACUAUGUCAACGAUAAGAGAACUUGAUCAGCGGUUCUUUAUAACAAGAAAUCACACAGAAGCUGGCUGUUUCUACCAUCGCGAUCAAUCACAGACUUCAGUUGUUUUUAGUGGAAGAUGUGAUACUACCGUUCCCGCCGUUCCUAACUUUAAUCUUACAGCGUUCCAAGGAGUAUGGCAUGAGAUUGAAGCAUACCCCAGUGAAAUGAUGACAGGUGAAUGCUUAUCUCAAGAAUACAGUCAAAGCUCGGGAUCAUCACUUAACGUGAUACAAAGAAACGUUCGACAAGAAACACUGUUUGAGAGGACUGGUGUAGUAACACAGACUUCAAAUGAUAACAGCGGAAAGCUACUGAUAACGGUUCAGGGCGGUCUUGGAGCAACUAUUCCAUUCUGGGUUCUUAGCACAGACUACACCGACUACGCCUUGGCAUACGGUUGCGUCGACUUAAUUAAUAAUGAAAGACAAGUCUACAGCUGGAAGUUAAGUAGACACCAACAGUUGUCUACUGCUGCCAAUACCCAAAUAGAGAAUGUUAAAGCAACUAUCCCAGUCUUGGACAGCAGGUAUUACAACAAAAUUAACCAGUCGGCCGCAGCCUGCUUCCAUCUACCUGACUUCACACCUGGAGAAUCUGUAAUCUUACCAGGGCAAUGUGAUCUUAAUAUUCCAGUUGAGAGGAACUUCGAUGCGCAAAGAUACUCUGGCGUGUGGUACCAAAUAGAAAAAUACUUCCAACGCUUCGAAACUGGUGGUAACUGCACUGGUGCGAGGUACACACUGAAUUCAGAUACUGGAGUUGUCACUGUGCUAAACUGGCAAGUGGUCAAUGGUGUUUUGGACACCAUUGAAGGUACCGCUACAGUGAACUCCACUGAUGGCAGUGCCAAACUAAGAGUCCGUCUGCCGAUUCGCAGCUCAGAUCCUAACAACCCAGAGUUUAGAGAAACAAACCUCUAUGUACUAAACACAGAUUAUACUUCAUAUUCACUAGCAUACUCCUGUGUAAAUCUUGAAGGCAAUCGCCGACAGGUCAGCGCAUGGAAACUGAGUCGUGCUCGUACAAUGUCGGAUGCCGGCAACGCCGCAAUAAGCGCCUACAUGGCGAAUAGGCAAGAAUUGCAGGACUCGUACUUCGUAGCCGUCGAUCAAAGUGACUCCUGUCCAGAACCUAGUUCGGCAACAUUAGUUAAGAACAGUAUUAUAAUGUUAGCUAUGUUGUGUAUUUCACUUGUGUAUUUGUCUUAGGCUAGCAAUUGUCUGUCCCUGAAUGUUUUAGUUAGUCAACUUCUUAUAAUCUCAGAGCGUUCCUCAAUACUAAAGGACCUGCUUGAGUGUUAUAGAAACUAUCAAUUCAAAUAUGACUAAGAAAUGCGGAUUCGAAAUUCAAAUUUUAUUGAAGCUAAAUGUAAAUUAUAUUACAUUACGAUUGUAAACUAUUGAUAGAUUACAAAUAAUCUAAUCUUAGUGUAAAGUUCGACAAUCGGACUAUAUAAAUUUGACAUUGAGUCAUAGAAAGUACUUCAGUCGAGUGUCAUAUCUGACUAUCUUAAAAUAAAAAUGCAAUGCAAAUGCAAAUAAAUAAAUAAUGCUUAUAAGUUGAUGUAACUUUGAGUCAAACAUGUAAUAAAUCUCCCAACUUUUGUAUCUAUUUGUAUACUUAGAAUGAUCGAUUAGAAUAUAAAUUUAAUUUAUUAA